AUGCCCCAUUAUCGCCAUUAUCUGAAGAUUAAAGGCUACUCAGUUAAAGCUGAAAGCUCACACACAACAGGAUUACUGCUCAAAAUGAAGUUAUUCUGUGUUGCUUGGCUCUGGAUCUUUCUGUCAGUCUCAUCUGAUCAGUCAUUUAAUGGGAAAUACAGUCUGGAGGAUUUUGGAAAUGGCACCUUCACCGUGAACAUCAUUGAUCUACAGGAGUCAGACUCUGGCAUUUACUGGUGUGAAGUGAAGAGAUUUGUUAAAGACACAUAUGAUAAAGUCAUUCUGACAGUAUCUAAAGGCAAGAAAACAUGCCUGGAAUCAUACACAAUGACACCAGCAGCACAUUCAGAUUCUUCAUCUAUCACAGCAAGCCUAACCUCCAGAGAUUCACGUCCUGAUGCCCUCAAACUUUCCACCUUAGUAACAGUGUCUGCCCACUCUUCAAUAUAUGUUGUCGGUGGUCUGGUCAUAGCAGCAACCUUAUUUUUAGUUGGACUGGCCACUGUUCAUCAGUGCAGAAAGAGAGUCGACUCUUCAGAAAGUUGCGCAACAGCAACGUCUGUCAACAGAAACAAUACAUGUGAAGAGGUUGAAGAGAACAGCACAGAGAUGAAAUCCACUGACGAGACUGAAGGCCACUCAGUUUCUGUCUAUCAGACCCUAAACCUCAGAAUGGUCCAGUCAAAUGAAAUAUAUGGAAAUCUCUGAUUGCAGCAGUCAUUAAUAAGGUUCAGAGUACCAGUCUCUAGACCAACAAUCCCAGAUCUCAAGUUCAAGACAAGUACAUUUAAUUCAAUAAGUCUGUAAAAUACAAUCAGAAGAGCUGCAUCCCUCAAACAACAGCUAAAGACCAAGUCAGUCAAUCUAAAAAGUGGCUUUAGAUAUCAAUAUCUUGCUUUAUAUUUGUAUAUCACUGAACAAAAGUCAAACACAUGCCUGCAAUCCACUGUAAUCCAUUUUGUAAAUCUGUUAAAACUGUCA